GUAUGUAUGGGAGGUGUGUGUUGUAUGUGUCUGUGUGUGCAUGUGUAGCAGCUGCAGUCUGACAAGUUUUAGAUCUCUCACACAGACUAAACCGCACAGAUUUCCACACACAGACCUGACUGAGGAAGAGGAUCUCACCAUGUCCAGUGAUGUUAACAGGCAGGCUGUGUUCCAGGCGACAAAAGUUCGAACCCAUUUGAAAAAAGAUGGAAGUUGGAUUCACAGAUAUGAAGAGGUUCUGGACACUCAGUCAGAUGUAAAAUGUAAACCAGUAAAGCUGGUAAAGCCACAGAAUGAGUCAUCACCUGAGAGCAGUCCGGUCUCUUCCUCCAUUAUGCCAUGUUCACAGAGUGGCACCGCCUCCUCCAGCCUGGACUCGUCCACAACCCCUCAAAGCUCUUAUGUCAUGUCAGCCUUAAAGACGUUUGAGCCUGUGAGCUCAACAGAAAACACAUCAGUCAAGAGUGGGUCCCAAAUGGCCAAAAGUCCAUAUCCUGUCCUUGAGGACUCCAAGAGAGCACAUGUAGAGGACGUAGUGGAGAAAUUAACAGUCAAAUCUGUAGAAGAACCACCUGCAGAUUCUCCUGUGAAGGACGUAGCAGAGAACCCAGUGGUCAAAUCUGAAGAGGAACCAUUGAAAACAUCUGCAGGUGCUCUUGUAAAGGAUGUAGUGGAGAAACCAAUGGUCAAACCUGCAGAGGAAACAUUGAAAAAACAUGCAGAUUCUCCUGUAAAGAAGGAUGCAGUGGAGAAACCAGUGGUCAAACCUGAAGAGGAACCAUUGAAAACACCUGCAGGUGCUCCUGUAAAGGAUGCAGUGGAGAAACCAGUGGUCAAACCUGCAGAGGAACCAUUGAAAACACCUGCAGGUGCUCCUGUAAAGGAUGCAGUGGAGAAACCAGUGGUCAAACCUGCAGAGGAACCAUUGAAAACACCUGCAGGUGCUCCUGUAAAGGAUGCGGUGGAGAAACCAUUGGUCAAACCUGCAGAGGAUCCACUGAAAACACCUGCAGGUGCUCCUGUAAAGAAUGUGGUGAAGAAACCAAUGGUCAAACCUGCAGAGGAUCCAUUGAAAACACCUGCAGAUUCUCCUGUAAAGGAUGCAGUGGAGAAACCAGUGGUCAAACCUGCAGAGGAUCCAUUGAAAACACCUGCAGGUGCUCCUGUAAAGGAUGCGGUGGAGAAACCAUUGGUCAAACCUGCAGAGGAUCCAUUGAAAACACCUGCAGGUGCUCUUGUAAAGGAUGUGGUGAAGAAACCAAUGGUCAAACCUGCAGCAGAACCACUGAAAACACAUGCAGAUGCUCCUAAAAAGGAUGUAGUGGAGAAACCUAUUGACAAACCUGCAAAUGAACCACUAAAGACACAUGCAGACACUCCUAAAAUGGACCUAGUGGAGAAACCUAUUAGCAAACUUGUAGAAGAACCAUUGAAAACACCUGCAGAUUAUCCUGUAAAGGAUGUAAUGGAAAAAAUUUUAGACAAACCUGGAGAAGAACCAUUGAAGACACAUGCAGAUGCUCCUAAAAAUGACCUAGUGGAGAAACCUAUAGUCAAACUUCUAGAAGAACCAUUGAAGACACCCGCAGACACUCCUGUAAAGGUAACAGGGAAGACAACAGUACACAGAGUUUCAACAGAUCAAAGACAAUCCAGUGGAGAACUGCAGGAGAAAACAGCCCAAACUCUACAUGAGAAUCCAUCAAAACCUUCAGGUGCUCUGACGACAGAGAAAAAAGAAGACAAUCCAGUGGAACAACUCACAACAGCACAUGCACCUGUAGAAGAGACUCCACUCAAACCCAGACAAGCAGAAAUCCAGCCUACAAGUAAUCAUGGGGAGCUUUCACUAAUAUCUGCUCUGUCAUCAGAUGGAGCAACUACAGAACCAACAGAAGAGCCUCUUGUGGAAGCCCCAGCAGAGCACCAGAGAUUGAACAGUGAAGCUGGAUUGAAUGUGAAAGGUAAAAUCAUGUGUUCCUUCUGCAAGCUGCCCUUAAAUGGAAAUGUGAAAAUUUCCAUCAACAUUCCUGACAUCUGCUGCCAUCCGGAUUGUUUCAAGAUACAGUAAGCAAUUUGAGCGAAACGCUGUUGAAAGUGGACCAGACCGAGCCCCACAACAUCACACUUCUAGCCGAUCAGCAGUUGAUGGGGGAGGAGACAGAGUGAACAAGAGGGAGAUUUGAAGAAAGCCUGUAGAAAGACAGGUGGCUGAGAUAUAUUACAAAAGCUAAUAUUUUAAAUAUUAAAGAGUUCUGAGUUCUCCAUUCCAAAGGAUUACUGGAGUACAUUGAAAUACCAUGCAAUAAAAGUGUAAGAAAGGGCACUAAAACAAACGAUUCAAUCAUGAUUGACAUUUGUAUCUUUUUCUUUCGCAGAUUCAUCCAUUCAAUCAAAUUCAGUCAUAUUUGUCACACAAGUGAUGUUGCAUGUAUAACAAAAUAAGAGAGGAGAGUCUCUGCGAAAUCUGAACAUAAGUGAUUACAAUAGCAAGGCCCAAAAUUAGCUUUGCCACAAUUGACAAUAUGUUUUAUGGCCAUGAAAUGUUUUUAUUAUUAUUAUAAUUAUUAUUAAUACUCCACCCAAAAAAAAAAAAAAGAAAAUGAUCUUGUUUACUCAACUUCAUGCUGUCCCAGACUUUCUUUCUUUAGAUGGAUGCAAACCAAAUUUUUUUGAAAUAAUCCAUCCCUGUGACACCUUGUGUAUGGGACCUCCAAAGUUGACACUUCAAAAACCACACAAAGUGAAAAUGACGGUAAUCUGCACAACCAUGGGUGAUGAAUUAAUGUAUUCUAAAGCAGAACAAGAACAUGAAUAUUUUAAACCUUUUUAAACUAUAAACUCUCACUUCCAGCCAAGUGUCAUAUUCUGGUUUGAGUUCACGCUUGGCAUAAACGGCAGAAGACAAUUCAUCAAUCGUGUUCAUUUUGUGUGGUUUUUGAAGCGUCAACUUUAUAGGUCCUGUAAAACUUGCUUUAUAUGAACUCACAGAGAUGGAUUAUUUUUUUUAAAUAAAAUGUUUGUGUUCAUCUAAAGAAAGAAAGUCAUAUACAUCUGGGACGGAAUGAGGGUGAGUAAAUGAUGAGAUUUUUCAUUUUUGGAAGAAGUAUCCCUUUCAUUUAUUUUUGACCAUCUACAGCAAUAAGAUGUGCUGCAGUGUGAUCAGUAAUGCUUUGUCUCUCUCU